AUGGCCAAUACGGUCCUCGAAAACAUGAAGCGUUACACACAGAAACUGCUGGAUGCCUACGCAGCGUGGGAUCUCGACGCCAUCCUCGCAGACAGGGCGGAAGAAUGCGUCUACCACGCCCGCCCGGAGACAACAGGCCUCCCGCCAAGGAACAACGCGGAGUACAGAGAGUGGUACACCACUGAGAUCAUGCCAUUGAUGAAACGGGGCAUCAAGAUGGAAGUGCAUAACGCUGUGUACGAUGUGGAAGCGCGCAAAUCGGUCUUGCAUGGCAUCAGCGCCUCGGAAUCUGUUGUUGGACCGUAUCAGAAUGAAUGUGUUCUGAUCACGACCUUCAAUGAAGCUGGUGACAAAGCUGUCAGGAUUGAGGAGAUGUUUGAUAGUGCCUAUUUUCAGCAGUUUGGCCAGCGAUUGCAGGAGUUCAUGUCUUCGCAGGAGAAGCAAUAG